AUGUCUAACAGUAUUCUGACAAAAGAUGGCUUCAGCAGGCUGUCACCGUACACCCAGAUUGCCAUAGGCGCUGGCACGGGUUUCGUCACGGGAUAUGUGCUGCUCAAGGCCAGCCAGACCGUGGCCGUUGUGGCAGGAGCAUCGAUCCUGGUUGCUCAGCUGGCCAUCCAGGCGGGAGUGAUAAAAACAAGCUCCGUGGAAACGAUCGUGCCGCAAAGGAACCAAUCCAACCAAGGACGUGCCGUCCGUGUGCUGCCAACCGUCCCCAAUCCUCAGUCCUCGGAGGCGAGAAUGGAACAGUUGACAAAGGUCUAUGAAAUAGUGGCUGGGAGUAGCCGGCUGUUCGUGGCCAUGUUCGGCGGCUUCUUGGUGGGUUUUGGCCUGGCCUAGAUCCAAAUUUAUAAUAUAUUCACACAUAUAAACCCCUCUGUAAAUACAUUAUACUAUUUUACAGUGUUUAAAUUAAAGUAUGUUAAUUUUA